CAUUGCUUUCUCGGACACGCGCUCUGCAAUGUCGGACACGCGCUUUGGUUCCGCGCAUGCGCAGUCCGGUCUGAAUUUUGAACCAGAAUGGCGGUGUUGCUAGAAACAACAUUAGGCGACAUUGUAGUGGACUUAUACACCGAGGAAAGACCCAAAGCCUGCUUGAACUUCUUGAAGCUGUGUAAAAUCAAGUUCUACAACUACUGCCUCAUUCACAAUGUCCAGAGAGAUUUUAUCAUUCAGACGGGUGACCCUACAGGCACUGGCCGAGGAGGAGAGUCCGUGUUCUGUAAACUGUACGGGGAUCAAGCACGCUUCUUCGAUGCAGAGAAGGCUCCCCGGAUCAAGCACAAGAAGAAGGGGACGGUCUCCAUGGUGAACAACGGCAACGAGCAGCACGGCUCUCAGUUCCUGAUCACUACCGGAGAGAAUCUGGACUACCUGGACGGUGUUCACACCGUGUUCGGCGAGGUCACGGAGGGAAUGGACGUCUUGGCCAAAAUCAACGAGGCAUUCGUGGACAAAGACUUCAUUCCUUACCAGGACAUCAGAAUAAAUCACACGGUCAUUCUGGACGACCCGUUUGACGACCCUCCAGACCUGCCGGUGCCAGAUCGAUCCCCCGAGCCCACGAAACAACAGCUGGACAGCGGCCGUAUUGGAGCUGAUGAAGUGAUAAACGACACUGAAGGGAAGGAUGCAGAAGAGCUGGAUGAACUGAUAAAAGAGAAGGAAUCAAAGACACAAGCCAUCCUGCUGGAGAUGGUGGGCGAUCUGCCCGAUGCAGAUGUUAAACCCCCGGAGAACGUGUUGUUUGUGUGUAAGCUGAACCCGGUCACCACUGACGAGGACCUGGAGAUCAUCUUCUCUCGCUUCGGCACAAUCCAGUGCUGUGAGAUCAUCAGGGACUGGAAGACGGGCGAGUCUCUGUGCUACGCUUUCAUCGAGUUUGAGAAGGUGGAGGACUGUGAGAAAGCGUACUUUAAGAUGGACAACGUGCUGAUUGACGACCGACGCAUCCACGUGGACUUCAGCCAGUCUGUGUCCAAGAUCAAAUGGAAGGGCAAAGGUGGGAAGUACACUAAAGAUGAUUUCAGGGCCUAUGAGAAAGACCUGGACAACAGAUCCAAACUGGCUCUAAAAGACAAAAUCAAACCCAAGCAAGAUUCUCGUUACGACCUUCUCCUGGACGAGGAAGAGGAGGACGUGGGGCGGAGGGAAGACAGGAAGCAGCGGGAGAAGAGGCGUCAGUCAGACAGCGAAGACGACAGGAGGCCAAAGAAAUCGAAGGAUGCCGAGCAGAGCCGGAGAGAGCGGAAAGAAAGCAAGCAACGAUCGCGCUCUCGUUCCAGAGACCGGGAGAAGGACAGAUACAGAGAGCGAGACAGGGAGAGGGAUAGAGAGAGAGAGAGAGAGAGGGACAGGGACAGAGACAGAGACAGGGACAGUCACCAUAAACACGGUAAGCACAAGCAGAAAAGCCACAAAUGUGAUCGCAGCCGCAGCCCAAAGAGGUCGAAGGACAAGGAGCGCAGCAGACAUCGCUGAUACUGAUUUCCUAAAAACCAACACGGACACUCGGGAUUAUGGGAUGAUGACAUACACGUAGGUUUAAACACCAUCGCAGAGUGACACUUCUGUCUGAAUUUGUUUUAUUACAGUUUAAUAACUGGUACUGCCACAGAACAAACAAAAUGACACCAAUGAAAUUAGGAAAGUUAAAUCUGUGUGGAACUUAUUAAAUGUUAAUGUGACCCUAAA